ACGACACCGUUAACCCGGAAGUAAUUACCUGUCGACUCACCUGUGUUAAUUAGAUAGAAAUGAGCUGAUGAAUAGAUGAAUCAGAGUUGUAAAUUAUUUUCGUAGUGUCUCAACAAAUAAUAAUCAUGCAGUUUAGAAUUUUCCAUUUCGUCUUUCUAUCGUUUCUGUACAGUCCAAGCUUGACAUUGAGGAUACUGAAUCCAUUGCAUGGUCCAAAACCAGAUUGUCCUUGUUCUAAUAAAGAUCACUGCAAACCUGUCACAGACUGGAAUGAUGGAUUAAAAGAGAUUAUGGUGAUUACUAAUAGAUCAUCAGAUUACCAACUUUGGAUGUGGAAUUCUCUCACAACAGUGCUGGAAUGGAAUGAUGACAUCAAUUCAACACUUACAGAUGAAUUGAUGUGUUAUGCUCACUCACAAGGGAAAAAGUAUGGAUUUUACAUCAAAGAUUUUCCAAAACCAUCUGAGGCUACUAAAGUUGCUGCAGAAAUUUCAUUUAAAAGAGCAGAUGUAGUUGCUAUAAACAUUGUUGAUUACCUUGGUAACUGUUCCCAUGCAGCACAGCAUGUUGACCAAAUCAUCAACUAUACAGUAUCAAGCUUAAGUGUGAUAAAGAAAAACAUAGAAGCGAAGUUGUUGUGUGUUAUGCCAUGGCAACCACCGUGCUAUCAGAUGAACUGUGAUGUAAGUGCAGCUUUAGCUAAGCAGUGUGAUGCUGUCAUCUUCAGUCCAGAAAGCUACAAUACAUACUGUGAAGAGACAUGUACAGCAAAACCAACUGUUUCUUUCAGUAAAAUAACCAUUGGUAUAACAGAGUAUAUUUCUGCGGGCUUCUCUCCGUCACAGCUUCUCCUAGGAAUACCGUGGCAUGGAUAUAAUUAUACUUGUCAACCAGGUGACCACAUUGAUGACUGGACUGGCCACUUUGUAUGCAACCUAAACAAAGUGAAAGACAAUGUUACUGGAGUAGAGACAUGUGAUCUCAAAGGUUCCAGGUUAAAGAUGAGUAUAGGAACAGUUGUUGGCAAAGUUCCGGAGAUGGGUUUAUUAGAUUCUACCUUCAGUAAAACAGAUCAGUCACCAUUCCGAGUCGACCAGAGUGGUUCAGGAAAUCAAAUUCAGCAAUACAUGACCUGGUUUGAGGACAUUGGCAGUCUAUUAGUGAAAUACCAGGCAGUUAACAAAUUUAACAUAAAAGGAACUGUAAUUUUCAGUGGUGAUGAUUUGACAUAUGACCAUGUGAAGACAAGUGAUGAGUUUGAUAAUCACAUGUGGUCAUGGAUGUUACAUACCAUUCUGUCUACCGGCGACGCAAAGAAGGAGGAGAGAACAAGCAAUAUUGCUGGAACAGUAGCUGGAGUUGGAGUGGGGAUGUUUUUGCUUGGUUGUUUGCUCGGAACCUUGAUUAGCUGCAUUAUAUUCCGACGCAACAGAAAGCUACAUGCACCAUUUAAACACGACCAGAUGACAGAAGAAUACACGGAUGAUGAUCACAACCAGUUGUAACUGGACACUACCGGUUGUACAGGGUGGAUUACAGCUUGCUAGAUUGAUUAAUAACUGGUUACAGAUCACUGGUUAUGUUGUAGAAAAUUUGUAACUAGUCAUCGAAAUAUCUGUAUUUGUCAGCAUUCUAAGUCAGAUAUUUAUUACAGUUGAAAUACCAAGGUUUUUAUUUUGAUUUUCUUAAGUGUUUUUUUUUUAAGUUUCACUUGAGCAUAUUGUGCUCAUUGAAAGUUUGAAGGGUCAAUGUUUUCUGUUCAUAGUCUAUAAUUUCUUCAAAUGAAAGCUCCUCUGAAAUCACCAAACCAGAUUUGAUGAAAUUUAUGAAGAAGGUUAAUUGCAAGAAGCUUGAUCAAAUUGUAUAUCUGGGUUACAAUUGAUUGCUAAAAAGAGAAUAAAAUAUUAAGAAACAAAAACAUCUGGAGCUUAGAUAUUUAGCGUAAAAUACCACCUUGUGGGUUUGAUCAAAAGUUUGUUUAAUUUAAAGCUUUCUACUUUAAACUUUAAGAUAAAUAAACAGUUUAUUGUAAGUAUUAUUGACUUAGAAUUUUGACAAUAACUUGAACAGUCACUAUUAAGUGUAAUGUACUACUUUAAUGCAAUUUAAUAGGGAAGAUCACAGUAGUUUUUCUGAAUGUCUAGAGUAUUACAUUCCAAACAGAUUUGAUGUUUAUGUUUAGUUAAGCUGUUAGCUGUAACUGUGAUAUGUGUUUAUAAUUAUUACUGUCCAACCAUUUAUGAUAGAAAUACUGUCAUAUAUUUAUACUAUACAAUACUAUAGUUUUCGUAUGAAAAGCAAGAUUAUUUUUUUAUCAUUAUUAACCUGUGUCUAUUCAGACAGGUAACUUGCUGAACUUUGCUAAUGGCAUUACACUUGUAAUGGUAAUGGAAGUGAUUUUUGUUUUGUCCAAACAAUACAAACAUGUUCUGUUUAACUUUGUCACAAUGUAAAGUAUGUAAAGAAAAUACAAUUAUUUUGACAUAAUUUGACAUUUUGUUUUGUUUAAAAAAAUAUGUAAUUAAUCUAAUACGUCAAAUCAUUUGUUAUUUAGUAAUGAACCACUUGCCCCUCAUUGCUGUGGGUUUGAAUCCCACCAGAGACUUUUUGGAUUUUUUUCAUGUAAGAAAGCUAUUCAGCUAGUUUAUAACAUUGAUGGUUUUACUCAGUUGCCAAUUUGAGCCUGAAAUAAUGCACAGAGGGGCACCUGAGGUCAUCCUUCACCAUUAAAGCUGGAAAGUUGCCAUAUGACCUUUACAGUGUUGGGGCUACGAGAAAACCCAACUAAAAAUAAUUAAAAAAAAAUAAUUUAGUAUCAGUAAAUUUACCUUUCAUUAGAUCAAAAUAAGUCAUUGUAAUGUAUGUAAAGUGCUUUCAUUCAUUGGACCAACUUUCAUGACAUUCCACUUAUAUAUUUGUCUUUUUUAUUUUUAUAAUUUUUCAAUCAGAAAGUAAGAAAAAGGAAAUAUCCCAGAGCUUUGGUGACAGUACGAUAUUCUAGAGGUCAAAUAAAAUAUGAAUAUCUGUAUUAUAUAUAAACAAGGAAAAGUUUUUGUUUUCUUAAGUGAUAAUCUGCUGGAACUGACCAGCCUUAAUUGCUUCUAGUAUAGAACCAGGCCUGCCAGCACUACUUGGCAGUCUGACCAGAUUGCUCAGAUUUUUGUAGUUUGAUAAGGAAAUUCCUUAAAAAAUUAAAUAGACUAUUCCAUAUUCAAAGCAGGGCUAAUCCAUUUCAAAUAUUCUCCAGGUUAAGUGGUAAAAGGAGAAAUUAUACAAUCUUUCUCUCCUUAAAGAGUAACAAUUUUUACAUGAGUUUCUUUUUCAACAUUGGAGUAAGUUUGAUAUUAUUUAUAGGGCUUAGACUAAAAGUAUAAUUUGAUUGUACGAAAAAGGAUAAUAAAAACCCAAUAUUGUAAUGAAAUAUUGAAAAAAAAACAGUGAUUUUCCACAUCAAACAGUUUUAUUUUGUCAAACCUUAUUUUUUUGUUAUUGAUUUUACUUACAUGCUAAAGAUUGUGAAAAUAACGAUGUCUUUGUUAUGUGCCUUAUCAAAACCAUUAAGAUAAGAAUUGUAUAUUUUUGUAUUCUUGCUGAAGACUCUGAGUUUUAAAACUAUAAUGAAAAGAUUCCUCAUAGUUUGUUUGGAAAAUACUCUAUUGUUAAAAGUGGCAAAAUAAGCUAUAGGAAGAUAACCCCCUUUUUAUAAAAACAGAAGAAAUAUUAUGUAACUGACAGCAUUGAUGUACAUGUAUUGUGUAUAUUUUGUAAUUUUAUUGUUCAUCCUGUACAUUGUGUGUAACCAUUCUAAAUAGUGUUUUCUAUUCUUAUAAAUGAGCCACGUCAUGACAAAAUCAACAUAAUGCAUUUGCGACCACCAUGGAUCCAGACCAGCCUUCGCAUCCGCGCAGCCUGAUCAGGAUUCAUGCUAUUCGCUUACAAUUUUUAUUACAAAUAGAGAAACUGAUAGCGAACAGCAUGGAUCCUGAUCAGACUGCGCAGACACGCAGGCUGGUCUGGAUCCAUGCUGGUCGUAAACGCAUUACGUUGGUUUUGUUGUGACGCGGCUCAAAUUUAUUACAAUAAAUAUAUCAAAAUGAAUAUACCAAAAUAGAUAUAUCACAAUAGAUAUAUGUAAAUCAAAGAAGCACUGUUAUAGCCCUUGAAUAAAGGACUGUUGGCUGCGUAAUGUACAUAACAGAUCCCUUAACCUACUUCAGUGGACUGCAGAAGUUGGGCUCCGACUUUAAAGAUGUCCUUGUGUUUAUGCAGAUGUUAAUGCAUCAGAAAAUGGGCAUUUACCCUUUAUUAUUAUUCUAGUAUAUUUUUAAGGUUGUAAUUUUUAAAUAUUAUAGAGUAUAAUUAUGUACUUAUUUAUUUUCAAUAUGUGAUUUUUUAAUAAUUUUUGUACCUUCAUAUUCUAUUAGAGUUCUUCUGUCGUUACCAUGUGAUGAACAUCGUACACAAAUUUACGCAAAACUUUUUUUAUUUGUUUUGUGAUAAUAAGGCUUUCUGAGUAAUGGGUAUAUUAUAAUGUUGACAGGUAUGGUAGUUUUGAAAGACUUCUAAAUACAACACAUUAAUACAUGUACUAAACAUCAUAAGUCUUAAAAGUAACAUUUCUGAAGUUCCCAAAUACUCCAUGAAUGAAGGUAGCUUACUCCCAUAUACCACAUAUAAGAUGAGUGUAUCACCCCAUAUAAGGUUAAUGUAUCCCCAUACACACUUGGGUGAUCCCACUUAUGGAAAUAUGAGGGUAGUUUAUCUUCAUACACACUUAAAGUGUUCCCACAUACAGCCACAUGAGGCUAGUUUCCCCCACAUAUCAGUAGCUAUCAAAAAUUAAAUGUUUUGUUUCAUUGUUAUGCAUUUGUGUAAUCGCAUAUUUAUACUGAAACAAAUAUUCCUUACAAUUUACAUAAAAAUCAGCAUACAGAAUUAGCUUAUUUAUUAAUCUCUUGUAUUUUUUGUUGCCAAUUCUGCAUAGCCCAUUCACUUGAUAUCCGAGUCAAUCAUAUUUAAGUAUUUAGAUAAUUAUAGUGUUGUGUAGUUAUGAAUUUUUGUAUAUUAUAUGUGUAAUUAUCACGAAGUUGUAUUAGUCAUUAUUCAUCAAUAUUCAAGAAUCUCUAUUUCUGAUUUUUGUUUAUUUUCACAAUGCAGUAGGACUCGUGUAUCUUCUAUUAGCUUUUUGUUGUUUAUAAGUUUAUGACAAUAACAAAUAGGCCUAGUCAUUAAGAGCUGUGGGACUGGAUAGGGGUCAUGUGUUAUUAUAGUAUGUGUGGAUAUCACAAUAAAAAAAAAUCAGGAAACAUUGUGACUAAAUGUAUUUUAUUGCUGUAUAUCUGUAAUAAUGGUGAAUACCAGAAUCUGAGACAAAAAGCGCGUUGUCAGCAGAAAAAAAAUCAGCAUUAAAAUAAGAAUCUAAGUGCCCUAUAAUCACAUAGAUCAGAUUUGCUAAAAUUUAUGUGCUGCAAAAAUUUUGUAAUUUGCAAUAUGCAAGAACAAACGAAUUUUACAAGUUUCUUAUGUAAUUUUUAUAUUUACCAAUUUAUUUUUUAAUCAAGCUUAAUUAGAUGAAAUUUUGGAGUCAUAAUAUUAGACAAGUCAAUGUUGACUGACAUUUAGAAUGCUUUUGUUUGAAAAUUUAAAAGAGCUUAGAUGUUAAAAAAAUCAUUAUACACUCACAGUGCUGUUAAGUUGCACAUAGCACCUGUACAUGCUUUUGUGUUCCUUGCAAGAAAAGAGAUACAUUGUGCUGAUCAUUUAUAUUUAUUUCUGAUAGUAAGUUAAGCAGAAACUCUCUCCUAGUUUUGUGCAAAUCCGAAAUAAAAAAAUGUAUUGGAAACAUUCCUGUAGAACCCUCUGCAUCAUUGCUGGAUUGUUCAUGUAUGUAUGUAUGAAGUAGGAAAUAUUGCCCUAAUUGUUUGUUUUGCUUUGUUUUUGUGAGCCUAGCUACUAUUUACUUUAUUCCUUUAAUUUAAAUGAUUUUGAAAUUUAUCAAAGAAAAAUAGGAAAACAGGAAAGUUGCAGUCUAUAUUUUAUUUCAAAAGAGCGAAAAAAAGGGACAUGAACUAGAAUGCCUACUGGUAAAAGUGCUAUACAAUUACUCUUUUUUUGUUGUUGACAGAAUUAAGGUAUAUACUGCAUAUUCAAUUAUAUUAUCAAAGAUUUUUUAUAGUUUUAUAGUUCAUGUAUGUCAUAUGUAAAGACUGGAUAUGUCAGAAUUUUCUGGGAGCUCAGUGUAGCACAUUCUGCAUUAGUCUGGUUCCCUGCUAUCAUUUACUACGGAAAGUAGUAGUAUAAAGGGAAGGAACUCCAGACUAAUUCAGUAUAUGAUUCAAGCUUGAUGUUUGAUGCUGUUUAUGGAAGAAGAACUAUAGUUUUCUUGUUUUUUUUUGCUAUGUUCUAACUUAUAUACAUUCCUUGUAUGAUGGAAUUUUAAGAUUUAUUUUUUUUCUGUCUUUUUUUUCUUUUGUCAUAUGUUUACUUUUAUAAAUCAUGUGUAUUUUGACAAUAAAUUUUUAUAUUUACCAAACAGA